UUUCCUUUCCAUCUAUUUUUUUCAGGCAUUGAGAAUUUUAUUCCCGGUUGCGAUAGAUACGCUUAUUAUAGAUUAGAUUUCGAAUAUCAAAAAACGAGAGGAUAUCCUUUAAAGAAAAUUCGAUAAAGUUUUUUAAUGAAUCGGUUAAUAAUCCGAUUUUGCUUUGCAGAAUUUUUCAAAAGAGAUUAAUUUCCGGUUCCCCAAUUUUUGGUUUCAGAGAUAAAACCAAUUUUCGACAAGUGUGUAUCGUUACGCCUUGCAGAAUAAUCAUUUUGCGUGAUCGAUAUGAAGAAUGUAAUGCCAUGGCAACGCAAUAGCAGAGAAUGGUAUGAGCAUUAAAAUCGCAUCGAUCACUCGAAUCAUUCGUCAUCACCGUGCUGGUAUCAAAGAUCGUGUGUCCUUCUAACAAUAAAAAGACAAGGAGAUGGGAAAUACGGAAAGCAACGUAGCCAGCGGAGUGAAGAAACAGACGGACGCAUCGUCCAUUUUGCUUUACAAAUUGGUCGACUUGAAAGGUGGUGGCCUAUUGGUGGAUAUGAUGAAAAGGGCAACGCAAACUAAACAGUACGCGGAAUUGGACCAUGCCCUGAGAACAAAAGUAGAGCCAUAUUUAUAUAACAAGGGUAAAGGUAAAUGGAUCCCGAUCGAGAAAUUGGUUUUGCUGAGAAACAAAGAUCGUCCAAAGCACAAAAUGCUUCCACCGUUGCGAGCUAUGGAAAAUCCGGCCGAUUACGACAUAGACAAAGAUAUGGGCGAAGACGAGGUGGACGAGACGAAAAUAGAUAAAAGCAAGUACAGAUUAGUGUGCUGGAGCUUGAGCGAGAGAGGAGCGGUCGGUGAAACGAUUCUACAUUUGUGCAUGCUACACGCAACUGCUAUUCACAUCGAUUUGGCUAAACGUUUGCUACGUUUUUAUCCCAAGCUUAUCAACGAUGUGUACAUAAGCGACGAGUAUUAUGGCGAGAGCGCGUUACACAUCGCGAUUGUAAACGAGGACCCGUCAAUGGUAAAAUUCCUUUUGGAUAGCGGUGCGGACGUGCACGAGAGAUGCAUAGGAAACUUUAUGUGUCCAGAGGAUCAAAAAGCGUCGAGGGCGGACAGUCUUGAUCACGAAUGGGUUUGCGUAACUCCGGAAACCAAUUACAACGGGUACGUUUACUGGGGCGAGUAUCCUUUAAAUUUUGCUGCGUGCCUGGGACAGGAAGAGUGUUACAGAUUGAUACUCGCAAGGGGAGCCGACCCCGACAAGCAAGAUACGAACGGAAAUACCGUUUUACACAUGUUGGUCAUUUACGAAAAAUUGGCCACGUUCGACAUGGCGUACGAGGUGGGAGCAUCGUUGGCCAUCAGGAAUGCCCAACACUUAACGCCCUUGACAUUGUCGGCGAAAUUGGCGAAGAUCGAGAUGUUUUUCCACAUUUUAAACAUCGAGCGAGAGAUUUAUUGGCAGAUCGGAAGCAUAACGUGCGCAGCUUAUCCUCUCUCGCAAGUCGACACCAUCGAUGUCGACACGGGAAGCAUUAGUCAUAAUUCCGCUCUAAAUCUGGUCGUAUUCGGCGAAAAAGAUGAGCAUUUGGAAUUGAUGGACGGAAUCCUGGUCGAUCUGUUGAACGCCAAAUGGAACACGUUCGUCAAAUUUCGCUUUUACCGCCAAUUUUUCCUCUUUUGCUUCUACUUCGUCCUGUCGUUGAUCAGUUUCACCCUUCGACCCGGCCCAGCAACAACAUCGUCCGUAUCCAAUCCUCAGAUCACGUCCACCGAAUUGCCCACAAUUCCCCCAAAAAUGGAUCCACCCGUCCACAAUUCCGAUCUCCCCCUCCUCCUUGACAAAAUUCUUUCCACCGCUCUCGUCUCGAAAAGGUAUCCUUGGAAUUUGACGAGAACGCGUCUCGACAAGCUGAAGCUCGAUAUCGUGGAGAACUUGACAUCCGCUUUGAGCGAUAUGCUCGGGACAUACCGAAACGAGAUCAAAUUGUUUAACCGUUCUGACAAAACGUCCAUCUACUCGUCUAGAAACGACGCUAAACCGAUCGACGAGACUGUCCUCCGGAUAAAUUCGACGAUCCUGUUCAACGGCGAUGGGAUAUCGUUUACCAGCAAGUACAAUUGGUACGUUUUGAAAUUACCUCUUCUGACAAAUCUUCAAAUUGAUCGCCAGGUAGAAAAGAUUUUUUUUCCUUCCUAUUUUUCAAAAUCGCUUGUUUCAAACGUUAGGUGGAACAAUCUUACAGAGGAAUGCAGACUCAUGCAUCUAGAUACGUUAUCGACAAAGAUUAGAUUGACUGCCGAGGUAUUAAUGGAAAUUGCGGCCACUCUUUAUAUUUUUGCAGCAUUGCGCGAAGCCAGAUUUCUAGGUCUUAAUAUGUUUAUAGAAAAUCUAAUGACCGCACCGUCCAGAGUGAUGUUCCUCUUCUCAUGCUGUAUAUUGUUAACCUUCCCGUUUCUAAGAUUGAUCUGCGCCGACGAAAUUGAAGAUAUGUUAGCCGUGGUCGUCAUGCUCACCACGGCACCGUAUUUUCUAUUCUUCUGCAGAGGUUUCAAAACGGUCGGCCCAUUCGUCGUGAUGAUUUACAGAAUGAUCAUGGGCGAUCUGCUACGUUUCGUCUCCAUUUACUUGGUCUUCGUGAUGGGAUUUUCCCAAGCAUACUACAUUAUAUUUUUAUCUUUCGAUAAUCCAAACACACCGGAAGGAGUAGACGAUUCGAUGAGCAAUCCGAUGCCAUCACCAAUAGAAAGUAUAAUGGCGAUGUUUCUUAUGAGCAUGACAAACUUUGGAGAUUAUUAUGGUGCUUUUGAAAGAACGCAACACGAGAUGGAAGCCAAAUUCUUAUUUGUAGUUUACAUGGCUAUCGUUGCUAUAUUAUUGGUAAAUAUGUUAAUUGCCAUGAUGGGGAAUACAUAUCAGAAAAUUGCAGAAACGAGAAAUGAAUGGCAAAGACAAUGGGCACGCAUAGUUUUAGUAGUUGAAAGAGGAGUGAGCCCUGAUGAAAGACUUAAAAAAUUAAUGGAUUAUUCUCAACCAAUGUCUGAUGGUCGAAGAGCAUUGGUACUUCGAUUGAAUCAAUCGGAAGAGGACAAAGAAGAAAUGAAGGAAAUUCUAGAGAUGAAAAGAACUCAUGAUAAAUUAUACAAAAGAAGACAGAGCAAAACAAUGAAAAAGAUUUUAACAUCAGAAGAUAAUGUUAUUUUAUAAUAUUAUUAUUUAUAUUUUGCAAAUAUAUUGAUACAUCGAUAUAAA